AUGAAGAAUUUUGGCAGACCUACUCCCAGGCAAAAGCCAAAUCAAAAUCCAGAAACUAAAAAGAAGUCUUCUGAAACUACCACUGCUGAAACACCUGUUAAGGAAAAGGGACUUGAUGAAACCCUAAAUAAACUUGCAGAUGAAGUGGAGAAAAAUAGAAAGACAAUUCAAAAUCAAAAUGAAACGAAUGAAAGCCAGUGGAGAAAGGAACAAAAAGAAAGAAAAGAAUGGGAAAUAAAGACUCAGAAUAUUGGCACUUCCACCAGAAGGAAAUGCAUUAAGCCACCACUUGCCAAAUUCUCCAAACCACCACCACAAAAACAAACACCUAAAAAGCCAAGCACUGCUGGUCUCAAAACCACUGGUGAAUCAGAAAAACCACCCACAGCUACACCAAAAACUACACCUUCACCACAAAAACCACCUGCUAAAAAGUAG